CCCUCCCAGUGAUCCCUGUGUCCUCCUGUACGCCGUGGGAUCCCCCCCCCCCUCCAAUUUUUCUGAUUUUUUUGGGGUCGGAUGGAGUUGGGGCCCGAGGAAACGCAGAAAUCAUGCUCGGAUUGGGGGGUUUUAGGACGAUUUCUUGGCGGAAUACGAGAUUUUGGGAGGGAAUUUUGGGGAUCCCAAAUGGUUAGGGGUGGGGAAUUGGGGAAAGUGGUGGAAAGGUGCGAUUUUUUGGCCCCUCUUUUGUUGGAAGUGUUGCCCGGGGCUUUAUGAAUGGCAUUUGGGCAUAAGGACGCCUUUUCAAAAGCAUUCUAUUGCUUCGCUCAAGCCAGUAUUUUUCUAUUGCGACUCUAUGAGCUCCAAUGGUGUCACAAGGCGGAUUCCAAAGAGGCAACGAACUAUCAAGUCACUUUCGCAGAUUCUGGACCUGAACUUGGCCCCAACUGAAGUGGCUGGUGAGGGGAGUUCACCUUCCAGGAGUAUGCCUGUCUCACACAGCCAGGCCUCCAGCAGUAUGCCACCGGCUGCUAAUGGGUUACACAUUGUCAUGCAUAGUUUCCCCAUUGAUGUGGAAGCCAUUGAUGACGAUGUUGUAAUUUAUCCUUCAAGAUCACACCUUCAAGCAAGACAACAGUCGACCAGGAUGGAACGCAUUACUGUGAUAAUAGAUGACGAUUCUGAAACUAGCCCUGUACCAGCAGGGGACAUUCUUGAUGAGCAUGUGAACACACUGCUAUCUCUGGGCAUAAACCGUAGGCAUGAGCAUCCAAGAGCGUCUAACAACUGCCCCGUGAUAAGUUUACUGGACACACCUGAAGUUGAAGUCAGUAGCAUCAAGGCACUCCCUGAACCUGUGAAGGAGGUUCCGAAGGAACCAAAGUUCACCUGCCCAGUCUGCAUGAAUGAGCUUAUGGAAGCGUCAUCCACCACCUGCGGUCACAUUUUCUGCAAGAAGUGCAUCGAGGCUUCCAUUCAGGCUCAGAAGAAAUGCCCUACCUGCCGGAGGAAGCUCAACAAGAACAACUACCACCGUGUGUACCUCCCGACCACGGAGUAAAACCGGUUCAGCCAUUUUGGCACAAGUUCUGCAGCACCUGACCCUCCUCCGCAUUGGCCCUGUGGCGAUUGUAUGUCAAACUAUUUAGGGGCGUAUUAUUAGCAUAGAGUAUUCCAACAAUUUAACAAGUGUUUUUGCCCUCGGCAUUUGGGACAUCGUACCAAGCUGCAUCAUCAGUAAAGUAUACCCAGCAUUCUCUGUGGAAA